AUGGACGAGGAAGAAUAUCGACUGAUCUGCUCGUUAGACACGUUUUCCUCUACGUUACAGCUCACUGUGACAAAUGAGACCUUUUCAGUGAUUAAGCGUCAAUUACAACACCGCAAGUUUCGCUCAACAUUGCGUCUACAUCGUCAGAAUAAAAGCUUGAAAAUGUAUGUGGCUCGUUUUGACACUGGUGAAUCGAUGUGUGAGAUUGCCACGUCUGUAAACUUUUCCCCAUGCAUGAUGGUACGACUAGUGCUAGAGCAUAAGUACGGAUGGAGUAAAACAACCAUUUCCAAUGUUUUCAAAGACGCCAUGACAGACGAUGAGAGUCAAAGGGACUCUCUGCUAAACCGUAGAGGUCUGUCAAAUGAGGAAUACACAAGAGUGAUACAAGAGAUACGAGAAUGCAUUGAGAAGGACGUCUAUUGCUCACCAUUGGCGGACCGUACUCGGCACAAUAUGGGCGUCGAAUACGAGUACUUGCUACUAGAGACGUUGCGUAACCGGCAGUUGGUGUUUGAGAGCGAGGAUAUGCUGCGUGAAAAAGGAUUAUCCAAGACGCCUGAUGUGAGGCUAUUAGUACCUAUUGGUGUGAAGGAUUCAAAACAUGGUCAGCUUCAUGUUGUCAAUUGGAUCGAUAGCAAAGCUAUGUUUGGAGAUCGACAUACGCAUGAAACGGAGAACGCAAGUCAGCUGCAAGGAUAUGUAAACCGCUACGGGCCCGGAAUGGUGAUUUACUGGUUCGGUCACGUUGCGCAGCUUGAUUCUAGAAGUGACAUCUUUAUCACUGAUUCGUUUCCACCAAAUAUCUUGCUUCCAGGAGCUUUUGACCCUCGUGCAUCUGUCAUGAAGUUGAAAGAGGGUGCUGAAGUCAAGCUGCAACCGGCAAAAGUACACACGGACUUCGAUGGCGACUGGAACCCCAUUACCACUUGCGAGUUGUAG